AUGAGAGCCCGGCUCGAGCCCUUAGUGAUCUUUCUAAGUUUUACGAUCAUCUAUCUAUCGUCAAUUGCGGAGGGCUACUUGAUAACGACGACGAUCAAUCAGAUUGACGAUGUGAGGGCCGCGAUCAGCAAGCAGGACAUUAACAAUUUCCACGUCUAUACACCCAAACUCUUGAAUCAAUACCUUUUCCCAUCCGGACAAAUUGACGUCAACGCAGUGCUUGCAUUGAUUGCGGCAAGAUUAUCUUACAUUCCUUUCUUCAACGAAGUCAAAGUCGACCAAGUCGGAUCCGCCGGUGGUUGCACUGAUUCGAGCUCAAAACUUUCAUCCCAUUCGACCGAUCUAUCUUCUUCCACAAAUAAAUCCGUCAAAGCCCACCUACAUCAUCGAGCUUCGUCCUUCAAGAAAAACCUUUGUCGGAAAUUUUGUUCUAAGAAGAAGAAGGAGGAGGAGGAGGAGGACAAGGAACACGUCAAAAAGGAAGGAAAACUGCUUUGA